UCUAAAUGACAUUAAUUUUUAAUGAUUGUUCAUAAAUUCAUUGCUUAAGAGUUAUUUACAGAAAAAACAACUAGCAUUUGUCCUCAGAUUAUUAAUAUAAUUAUUUUUAUGUGUGCUUGACUGUUGUGAUAAAGGGAAGAACAGUUAAAAGAGGACCCUAGCCAAAUUAUUAAGAGGACUGAUUUCUGAUAUUAGCUUUAGUACCUCCAAACUAUGAGAUUUGGGGAAAGUCACUCAAGAGCCCUAGACUUCAAUUACCUUGUAUUUAAAAAUAACAGAGUUCAGCUGGAACUAGUUAAUCUGUAAACAAAUAGUUUCCAUUUCAAAAAUUGUGAAGUGAUGCCUUUUUAAAUGGAAAAAGCAUUAGGGAGAAGAAAACUGAUUCACUUACAGGGUCUUUGGGGGAAAAUUUCUAGCACCACCUUCUCUCCUAAUAACAGUAAAACAUGGUGGGAUAUAAGAACCAAAUACUUAUUAUUUUCUCUGUGCCUAUCACGACUCUAUUUUAACUCCUGUAAAUGUGACUGUGACUCCGUGAGCUAGAUUAUAUAAUUCCUGUUGGCAGUUAUAAUUGAUAGGCACAGAAAGCCUAAGGAUGGAGUUUGGAAUGUAAUCUGGUCUGUCUGACUCUAAGCCCUGGAUCCAUUGUAAUACAUUAUAACUGCUAGCUUUGCAAAAUGCCUUUUUCCUUUUCUCAUCUAUUUUCACACUCAAACUAAAAUUUAGUAAACUAAAUUCUGAGCAGCACCAAGAAUUUUAGUAAAGGUCCUCUCAUCCUUUAAGAACUUCUUAUGCGAGGAUACUCCUCUUCGCCCACUUUCCCAUACAGAACUCUACUAAAGGUCAAUUAGAAUGGGCUGUUGUUUUUUCCCUCAAAUCCUACACAGAAGUCCUUAAUUCCGGGAUAAGCAUCUGAAUGGAGCAAAUUAGUAUGGUCUGGGAGUUAAGGCAAUUUUCACGUGUGUGUAUGUGAGUGUCUGUGUGUGUCUGUUUUAAGGCAUAACAAAGUCCAGAGAUUAAGGCCGAGUUAAAAAAUAAAUGAGGACAAACCAGUCUGCUGAGGUGCGGCCAGAGCAGCAGCAACUGCCUGCUUUCUUGAUAAAGGCUGUGAAGACGGCACGUUUUACUCUUAUUCGUGUAUUUCUUUUGACACGUUCCCCCUCUAUGAAGCCUCAGAGGUGUUUUAAAAUUGUGUUAGGAAACACACAGAGAUAAGAAAAGGCAAAUGGUCCUGUUCUAGUGUCUCAGGGACGAGGCUGGAAAGGAAACACCGCGCGAGUGGGGUGGGAGCGGAGCGGGGGCCUGUGGUUUUGCUUCUGUCCGGGCUAAAGGCUGAGUACGGCAGGGCCCCUCCUUCUGCAGAUGGGUUUCUCCCUCAUUCCACCCUCUACCCACCUCCGGUUCCGCGUGCACGCGCGGGAUAGCCCAGUGGGCCCACAGAUAACGACCAUCGGAGAUUAAUGAAGGAAAGUCAGCGAGCUCGAACACAGGCGUCCCGUGUGGAAGUGUCCAAGGAGACCGCCAGAAGUGCGCAAGCCGGAGUGUGUGAGAGUUUCCUUCUCACCGAGAGGGGGAGCCCCGCAUUCCCGGCCGGGAGCGACCCGGAGUCCCGAGCCCCGCGUCCCAGCUGCCGCCAGAGCCAGUUUUGGAUUCAGCGGAUUAGGAAGAGGAGGGAGGGGGGAGAGCGCGCGAAGAGGGAGGGGACCGAAGCUGGAGGGUCCCGAGUCCAGCGCCGUGUUGACGUAGAGAAACUUUCCCUCUCGGCCUCGGAGACGGCGCCCCGGCUGUGCUGGAGCGGAGAUCGCCAGGCUCGGAGGACCCGGCAGCUCUUCACGCCCCUGCCCGAAGCCUGACCUGACUGCAUCUCUCAGUGAGUUAUUUAUGAUUCCAUCUGAUAUACAUAGGAGAGAAAGUGAUAGAAGAAUUCUGAUGGCAACUGUAUGAUAGAAGCUAUAUAAAGUCAAGUGUCCAUUUUCUUUCAACUAUAUUUGAGCAUACCCAGGAUAUAAGGCGUGGAACUGAACAUUUAUUUGGCUGAUCCUCAUCAUGAACCGUGCUUUUAGCAGGAAGAAAGACAAAACAUGGAUGCAUACACCUGAAGCUUUAUCUAAACAUUUCAUUCCCUAUAAUGCAAAGUUUCUUGGCAGUACAGAAGUGGAACAGCCAAAAGGAACAGAAGUUGUGAGAGAUGCUGUAAGGAAAUUAAAGUUUGCAAGACAUAUCAAGAAAUCUGAAGGCCAGAAAAUUCCUAAAGUGGAGUUGCAAAUAUCAAUUUAUGGAGUAAAAAUUCUAGAACCCAAAACAAAGGAAGUUCAACACAAUUGCCAGCUUCAUAGAAUAUCUUUUUGUGCAGAUGAUAAAACUGACAAGAGGAUAUUCACUUUCAUAUGCAAAGAUUCUGAGUCAAAUAAACAUUUGUGCUAUGUAUUUGACAGCGAAAAGUGUGCUGAAGAGAUCACUUUAACAAUUGGCCAAGCAUUUGACCUGGCAUACAGGAAAUUUCUAGAAUCAGGAGGAAAAGAUGUUGAAACAAGAAAACAGAUCGCAGGGUUACAAAAAAGAAUCCAAGACUUAGAAACAGAAAAUAUGGAACUUAAAAAUAAAGUACAAGAUUUGGAAAACCAACUAAGAAUAACUCAAGUAUCAACAUCUCCAGCAGGCAGUAUGACACCUCAGUCGCCCUCCACUGACAUCUUUGAUAUGAUUCCAUUUUCUCCAAUAUCACACCAGUCUUCAAUGCCUACUCGCAAUGGCACACAGCCACCUCCAGUACCUAGUAGAUCUACUGAGAUUAAACGGGACCUGUUUGGAGCAGAACCUUUUGACCCAUUUAACUGUGGAGCAGCAGAUUUCCCUCCAGAUAUUCAAUCAAAAUUAGAUGAGAUGCAGCGCCAGAGAUGGAGGGGUUCAAAAUGGGACUAACUCUUGAAGGCACAGUAUUUUGUCUCGACCCAUUAGACAGUAGGUGCUGACAUCAAGAACAAGAAAUCCUGAUUCAUGUUAAAUGUGUUUCUAUACACAUGUCAUUUAUUAUUACUUUAAGAUAGGUAUUAUUCAUGUGCCAAUAUGUUUUUUAAUAUUUUAAUAUUUUGAAAUUUUUUUCAGUUAAAUUUCCUCACCUUCACUAUUGAUCUAUAAUUUUUAUUUUAAAAACAACUUACUGUAAAGUAGAUCAUACUUUUAUGUUCCUUUCUGUUUCUACUAUAUGAAUUUGUAAUUGAAAGACAUAUACAAAUACCUGCCUUGUGUCUGAGUUCUAUUUAGUUAGCAUCUUGAAACUUGUAUCCAUUUUCCAGAUUGCUGGUUUAUUAAUGAUUUCCCAAAAGCCAUACCUUAAAGAUAACUUUUUAAAUUCUGAAGAGAUAUGCCAAUGCCAAACUAAACAUGGUCUGUUUUCAAACCAACAAACAUGUUACUAUUCAUUAGACAGAUGUCAUUUUAUGUAUAAAUACUGUUCACAUCACUGGGAAAAUGUAAACUUUAAACAUAAUGCCACAAGGUCACUAAUUUCUAGCAGGUAAAAUUAUAAGGAUAUAAAUUCCAAUAAUAAACCAAAUGUAUUUAGAGUAUUUAUUAGUAAAUGCAAGGUGAUGUUAGUUAUGAUCACUUAUACUCUAAAUAUUUAAUUUGUUUUAUAAAGAUAAUGAAAAAAUGAAAAUUUGCUAUUUAUUUAAAAAACUUUAAAUUUCAUUCCAAAUGAGAUAAGUUAUAUUACUAUAACAUCUAAGCAUCAUCUGAUUUGAUAUUCCCUAAAAAACAUUUGGAAUAUAUGCUAUCUAUAGAUUCAGUGUCUAUUAUCCAUAUUUACUUUACCAAAUAUAUUUCUUCUCACUACAUAAGGACUACUCUUCUCAUAUUUUCUUCUUUGAUGAAGAUAUUUUUCACCAAAGUUUAUUUUGUGAUGCCCCAUUGGUUUUGAUACUUUAAAAUCUGUGACACCCAUUCUAUAUGAAUUAUCAAUAUUAUUUGGUAAAUUCAAUUUGUAUUUGUUUUGUUAAAGUCAAAAAUCUCAUUUAAAAAAAACCUUGUUACUGCUCAGUUUAGUCUUGAACAUGAGCAAUAAAAUUCUCCUGCAUUUCAUUCUUGAUGUGCUGAUGAACUUAGACUUUUAAAAAUAUUUGUUUCCUAUACCUUUACCCAUUACAUAACAGACUAAUUUGUACUCAGUAAAGCAAAAAUUUAUGAUCAAAAUUUCUAACUUGGUUCAUCACAUUAUAAGAUAAAUAAAUUAAAUUAAUGAAAAUGUGACUUAAAUUAGGGGUAACCCUCAAAAAUAGAUUUAUCAUUUACUCACGGGAAUUUUCUUCAAGUGUUAAAGGUACAUUUUCACUAGGAAAAGAAAUCAAAUAUGCUUAUGCAAUAUAUAUUUGUCUGUUUUUCCUUAAUGUUAUAUGGUAUAUAUGAGCCUUCUUGUUUAGUUUCUUUUAUCUGCUAAGUUGUACCUUAAUUAGAGGACAAUAUAUGUUUCAUAAGGAAGAGUCUUUAUAAUUUUGUUUGUCAGAUAGUAUUUUGGAAUUUGUAUAAUGAGGAUGUUUAGAAGCCAUAUAAGUGGCUUUUUUUAACAGAUAGAAUUUGUAUUUUUAUUGUACUUUAAAAAGAUUUAUGUAAUAGGUAUAUAUUUAGUGGCCAUUUAUUAUCAAUGGUAACACAAUAGAGUACUGAGAUGGUAUUUGCACAUUUAAGAUCUGUUACUUUACCAAUUUUUAAUGGUAAUCAACUCUGCUACUGGCAUGAUGAAAUAGUACAUAAUUGGUCAUUAAUUAUGAACAUUUAUUUCUCCAGUGCGUUUUUAUGAAGAUCUGGUUGAAAAUUGUAUUUCUAUGUAAACUCAAUGAUAUGUUUGGUUUUCCUGAAAAUAAAUGAUUUUAAAUAAAUUAAA